ACACCCGUCAGUGGGUUGUCUGAUGCUGGUAGCAUGAGGUUCAGUGGUGCAGGAGCUUACUAUAUCGUAAGCGACCAUUGGGCUGCAAUCCUGGACAGCAUUGCAGACUUGAAGGCUCACUUUGACCGCGAGGAGGAUAUUAGACUGGUCACUACUCUACCAGAAGCCUCAAGGUAUCAAGAUGCUUCCAAUGACGGCUUGGGCAGCCGUGAUAUGAAGCAUGCAUUGCUCUUAUAUGGGUGUCCUAGGCCCAACUCAGGGGCUGAUAUCUUGACUUCUUUGCCACCCAGGCCUGUUGUGGAUAGGUAUAUCUCGCGGUUUUUUAGCCGUGUGGAUUUGGUAGCCACUUCUGCUGCCCACGGGCCAACCUUCCUGCGUGAGUAUGAAAUGUUCUGGACUGACCCAGAAGGCACUCCCAUCAUGUGGCUCGGUCUCCUAUUCAGCAUGAUGUGCCUGGCUCUUCUGGCCUCGGACUCAUCUGAUGCCAGCCCUGGCGUGGAGACAUACCAGCAGCAAACGCAUCAGAUCGGCUUAUAUCGCUUGAGAGUUGUGCAGUGUUUGGUACUGGGCGAGUAUACCAACCCAAGCCCCUAUGUGCUGGAGACGAUGCACAACUACGUCUAUAUCGAAUUCAUCAUGCGGUCCGACGCCUAUGAGGACAUCUGGUUCCUUCACGGUCUCACAGUCAGCCUUGCUCGACGCAUGGGCUACCACCGUGACCCGCGCCACUUUCCACAUAUAUCACCGCUGCAGGGAGAAAUGCGACGUAGAUUGUGGUCUACAGUGUUGCUGAGUGAUAUCCUCAUUUCGGGUCAGAUGGGAAUGCCGUGCAUGAUAUGUGAUGAGCAAUACGACACGACUGAGCCUCGUAAUCUGAACGACGCCGACCUAAAUGACGAUACAAAGGAGCUGCCCGCAGGCCGACCGGAGACCGAGAUUACCACAACGCUUGGGCUCAUAGCAAGACGAAGACUGUUGACUGUUUUGAGCACCAUCUCCACCUUGACGGCGGCUGUCAAGCCACAUAGCUACAAAGAAACCUUGCGUAUCGAUGCAGCGCUGAACGAGGCAGAAGCGAGUCUCCCACAACCACUCAGGAUGAGAUCCAUGGCCGCCAGCGUAAUGGAUACCGCCCAAACCAUAAUCUCCCGCAUCUUUCUCCGUCAUCUCUACUACAAAGGCCAGAUCAUGCUUCAUCGGGGCUAUCUCUUUCUACAAUCAGAAUUGUCCCCACCAGAUACCAUAGCAAUCGAACCAUACGCCUACUCACGCCAAAUUUGUGUCAAUGCCUCACUCGGCUGUCUGGAACUUCAAGAUAUCCUGGACAAGGAAGCCUGUCCUGGUGGUCAGCUGCACACAAUGCGGUGGCGGGUGACAUCGAUCUUGAACCAUCAUUUUCUGACGGCUACGAUGAUUCUGUGCUCGUUACUGUAUCGGCGACAGACGCUGGGUCGGGAGGAAGACAUCCUCGCAGCCUUGCGAAGGUCGAGGAUGAUCUGGAUGCGGAGGAGUGCCAUUUCGUGUGAGGCCAAGAAGGCUGCGGAGACGGUUAGCAUCGUAUUGGCGAGAGCCGGGGAGGGUCGUGGGGCCAUUUUUGGUAGUAGCGAGGAACAGGUCGUGCCGGACUUUCUACCGCUCUCUGUAGCAAUGGGUGAUGAUUCUGUGUCUCCAUUUGGCAUAGAGCACAUCUCUUCAUAUAUGGAUGGUCCUAGUGGCGGUACGUAUUUCGUCACUACCUAUCACUCACCUACUAACGAAGCUCCUUAUAUCUUGCUGACCGCGUUCCAGCUAACCUAUGGUCACCUAAUGCCCGGGAAAUCUCCACACUUUUUGGACAUGCUACUGAACCUCCUAGAGUCGAGCUUGACCGCGACGAAUCUCUACCUAGUGGGUUUUAACAAUAUAGAGUGGUAA